AUGUCGAAUGAAGGAUUGUGUGGUAACUCUCAAAAGCAUGUCCCAACUUCUCCUUCUAAUUCAAAGAAAAGAAGACUGAUAUGGAUUGUAGUUUCCUCUUCAUUUAUCACUAUAAUAGGAAUUAUUUCAGCAAUAGUUUUCGUCUCGAUGAGACGUGGGGGUAAAAGAGUCAAUGCUGAAGGAAAAUGGUCGCUUGAGGUAGCAUCACAAAGAAUUUCUUACUACGAACUUCAAAGAGCAACUCAGGGCUUUGAUGGGAAUAACUUGAUAGGAAGUGGAAGUUUUGGUUCUGUUUACAAAGGGAUAUUGGCCGAUGGGAUGAUAGUAGCUGUCAAAGUUUUCAAUGUGCAACUUGAAGUCAUUCACUGUGAUUUGAAGCCUAGCAAUGUGUUACUUGACAACAACAUGGUUGGACACCUGACUGACUUUGGCAUUGCAAAACUUUCAACGAAAGAAGAAUCUAUUGCUCACACUACAACCUUUGCUGCAAUUGGUUACAUUGCUCCGAAGUAUGGUUUGGAAGGCCUUAUAUCCAAGAGAUCUGACGUUUAUAGUUUUGGUAUCAUGUUGCUAGAAACUUUUACCAAGAAGAAACCUAGUGAUGAAAUGUUCGCGGGGGAUUUGAACUUGAGAAGUUGUGUGCAUAGUUCGCUUCCUAAUGAGGUGGAUCAAAUGAUAGAUCCUGACUUACUCAUAAUAGAUAAAGAGAACUUAAGUAAAAAGUUGCAUUGUGUGUCAUCCAUCAUGGAGUUAGCCAUGAAGUGCACGGCUAAUAUUCCAGUGGAAAGGAUGAACAUGACUGAUAUGGUAGCAACAUUGAAAAAGGGGAAAGGAGCUGCAAGUUCAUUGCUAAGUAAGGAAAUAGUGAAUGGAUUAGUGUUCUUUCUGUUGGGAGAAUUGGAUUUUUCUGUAUUCAGUUGA